CGAUCAAUCCGCUGAACACAUUGCUGCAAAACUGCAAAAAAAAAGCUGAACCACUGAUUACACAGUAGGCAAGAGCUGAAGAGACACAGCACAUGACUUUCUCAAUAUGAAAUUAGUGGUUUUAUUUUUGCUUUCAGCGGCAACAUCCUUCGCUGCAGAAGAGUCGUGUGCUGGACGUUGUCAGAAUGGCUUUGACCCCACACAAAAAUGCCAAUGUGACAAUUUGUGCAAGUACUACGGAAGCUGCUGUAUAGAUUAUGAUACUACGUGCCGAACUAAAAUUUCCCGUGGAGAUGUGUUUGACCUUCCAGAGGAAAAUCUGACCUUGACUGUGGCUUCGAAUUCAUUGACAGCAGCGAAUGACACAGAAAUCCCUACCACCAUCGUCAAUAUCUCCACCCCAAUUCUCGACCCUGAGGCAGAAACCUGCAGUGGAAAAUCAUUUGAUGCCUUCCUGCAGAUAAAGAAUGGAUCGAUUUAUGCCUUCAGGGGUGAAUACUUCUUUGAACUCGAUGAGAAGUCAGUGAUGCCGGGUUAUCCCAAACUCAUAAAGGAUGUGUGGGGCAUUUCUGGUCCUAUCGAUGCUGCCUUUACUCGAAUUAACUGCCAAGGGAAGAGUUAUAUAUUCAAGGGUAACAAGUACUGGCGCUUCGAUGGCGACGUCCUGGAUGAAGAUUACCCGAGAGAUAUCUCAGUGGGGUUUGAGAAGAUUCCAGAUGAUGUUGAUGCUGCAUUUGCCAUUCCUGCUGCAGCAUACCACAAAAAGGAGAAAGUGUAUUUCUUUAAAGGUGAUCGGUAUUACCAGUACGAGUUCAAGCACCAGCCAUCGCACGACGAUUGUGUCCGUAUGACCAAAGCCUCCCCGUCCGUUCUCUUUACUCGCUACACUGAGCUGUACUGUGACUACAACUGGGAUGACCUUUUUGCCUCGCUCUUCCCAGACUUAUCAGGACAUCACAAAGGGCCACGCUUCAUUGCAAGAGACUGGGUGGGCAUCAAACCUCCAAUAGAUGCUGCAAUGGUGGGCCGGCUGUACCUGAGCUCCAUACCUUCUUCACCUGCAUCUUCACUUUCACCUACUGUAGCUACAAGCAGACGUGGCAGGAACCGAGGUGGCCGCAGGAGAAAGGGCAAAGGCCGAGGACACAGGAUCAGCCGGUCAUUCUUCUGGGAAGAUCUUGGUUUGGAUUAUGAAGAGAGGUAUUUUGGAGCAGAAAGGCGAAGUAAAGGUCAAAAGAAGGGCCGUGGACGGCGCCCGUCUCUAUACGACUACAGCUACGACAGCAAGGACUACGCUGAUUGGGAGCUAGAGCAGGAGAAAGCAACGCCUGUGCAAAAUGUCUACUUCUUCCAGAAAGAUAAAUACUACAGAGUGGAUCUCCAGACCAAACGCAUCGACUAUGCAAACCCUCCAUACCCGAGAUCCAUUCGCAAGUACUGGCUGGGAUGUAAAGAGAAGGAGCUGGCAGAGAAAUGAUAAAAAAAUGUCUCUUUGACCUCAAAGCUGAAAAUGAUUGCUGAGAUGCUAGUACAUGAGACUGUAAUCCAAUCAUGGCUGCUACGGGACUGAAGUAAAAAGUCCACGAUGAAUGUUAAUUGUAAAAGUUGUUCUUUGUACUAAUCACGAGAUCCUGGAAAAAUGACUUUCUCCAUCUCUCCUCGUGUCUAAAAACACCAUGUCGGAUCCAGUUUUUCAAAUCAAACAUGUAUCAUGCACAUGCUAACACAUGUAUUGAUGCUGUAUAUCCCUCUCCCUGUCUCUCAACACUCUGUCACUUGUUCUGAUGAAUUUCGUUGUUAUCUUUCAUUUGGAUUCACUGUUUAAGAGUGAGAACCACCAACUAUGUAAAAUAACAAGCUUUUAAAUAUGUAAUUACCACAUAAUAAACUAAGUGAUUUACUACUGUG